AUGGCCAAAAAGGUCGGCUUUCGGAGGUCUAGGAAGUAUGGAAAGAGAAUUGUCCAACAAGGGAAUGGGUCAAGGGGGUCUUGGCCACCUGCGGCCUUUUCCGACGAUGGCUGGGCCGACGCCUCCCAAAAACACCAUGAUGUCAAUCUCAAUGUCGAAAAUACCUCCUUCCUUGACGCACUCGUGUCGGCGGGGCUCUCAUUGGAGGAGGGCACUGAAGUGCGAGUGUUCAUGUGCGGGGACAACCCAUCACCAAGUUGUCGCGAGCAAGCUAACAGACUACAGGAAUUCUGUGAUGGUAUCAAUCUUGCAUCACUUGAAGGAAACGGAGAUAUUGGUGCUUGGCUGGAUGAACGACGGCUCGAGGGCGAUGUGAUUCACAUAAGAAGCCGUGGGAAGGCUUUGACAGUAUUCGAUCUUUAUCUGGAGCUUGCAAAACCCCGCUUUCCAUCAGCCCUAUCAACCGCCUGCGAUCCAGCAGACGACUGCAAGACGCCAGAAGCAUGCGUAUCAUGGACAGGGGCAAGUGAUUGUCUCUCAAGCACUUCAUUGUCUCCGGCAACUAUUGAUGCAGAUCGCCGCCUGGUGUUUAUCCCGAACUUGGACGGUUCAGGCAUCUACGCCCUGGCUCGAACUGCUUCCCCACACCAAGCUACUGCACUUCGCGGAGCCAUAUAUCGCUAUUUCAAUCGGCAGGCAUUCAUUCAGGUCACUCCUAUGACUACCGACUUGGCAAAUUUUCAGCUCGAAUUCCAUCUACCUUACUACGUCUGGAAAACCUCCGCACCACGACAAGAAGACCCCCGUCAUCACCUUGAUGGAACACCACUUCGCCAAACUCUGGAUGUGUCCUUCACUCGUUGGGGCAAGUCCGACAAUGCCGAAUUUCUCUAUGAAGCUCAGGUCUCAUGCGUCGUUGCAGGCUUGGAUGUCAAGCGGUGGACUGCACACUGCUUCACCGACGCGUACUUCAUCGGCGAUGAUGAAAACAUCGGCGAUGACAUUCUUCAAGAUCAAGAAGACGGCGAGAUCAACGGGGGAGCUUGCAUGGACCCUCUGAUAGGAAUAGCAGAUGCAGAUGCUCCGAUCCAGGAUCCGCGGGAAUACUAUCUGAGAGUGUUUGGUGCCAGGCUUGCCCAGGUUACGGGUGAGUGGAAACUAGCAGUGGAGAAGAUGGAAAAUAGUGUCGACAAGCACAACCAGCGCCGUUGCUACCCCGUUUCCGAAAGCGCCUUUGUCGAAUCCAGCCGCGAAGCAAAGGAAGACUUCCAGACACUUAAGCGAUCGGUCAAUGACGUGAACCGUGUCAUGCACCUCUCGGCGCAAUUUGCCAACAGGCUGAACCAGACCCUUUUCGAGGUGGAGAGGGUCCUGGCUGAUGAUGCCCACUCUCGCGUCUUCUCUGGGCUGCCACUGUGUUGGCCACUGUUUAUGGCCAUGAAAGGCGAACUUCACGAGCUGCAGAGACUUCAGAAGGCUCUUGAGAAAGUAGAAAAAGCCCUCAAAACAAUCGCGGAGACGCUCAACAGCAGGCUCGCGCUUGAGACCACGCAACUCGGUCACGACAGUCUCAAGCUCACGCUUGAGACUAUGCAAAUCGCGCAUGAGAACAACAGACUGACGCUUCGGGCCAUGCAAAUCGGACAUGACAACAAAUUUCUCUCACUCAUUAUGAUGCUAUAUAUAUCACCCUUUGCAUUAGCUGCAAAUUUCUUCUCGAUGGAUGGCAAGGUCAUGCCCUUUCUGCCGCCGAAUCCCAAGUCAUUUCUCGGUGUUCUCCUCUUUUUCGCCGUCAUGGGCGCUCUCCCUCUCUUGGUCACCUUGUUCUCAAACCGGGUGCUGAAGUGGCGUGGGAGGAUUCCCUCAACAGUACCUCUGGAUGGACUACAUCUCGACUUGGGACGACGCCGCCCUCCGACCACAGACGAAGAGAAUAGGCCAGGCUAGAGCCAUACCGCUUUGUCCGACAUGUUGUUACCUUCUUCGACGGAUCUCCUUCAAGAUAUUAGCAAGGACUCAGGCCACACGAUCGCCCUUGCCGAGUCGGAAGGGUGUUGGAUGCCAGAGAUUUGGUCUACGUUUCAAGAAACAUCUCAGAGGCAAUACGAGUCAUGUUUACUGCAGCAAUUGAAAUAUGUUGGCCCCAAGCUUGAAACCCGAGCAACUUGCUCCG